AGCGCAUCGACGCAUGCCUGGGCAUCCACCAGCGCUUCGAGGAGAACGCGUGCUGAGUUGCCACUCAUUCGCUGCCAAAAUGCCCAUCGAGCGCUGCUGCCGUUGCUCCGACGUUGCUGUCCCAGCUCAAGCGAGAGAAUGCAGACAACAUCCGGCUCGCGGUUGCUGCUGCGCUGUCCGAGGCGUCUUCAGAUGACGACGCAGCCGUCUACCGUGUGACGAGGCAGCUGUCGACUGUUGGCGCAAGCUCUGGCUGCUGCCCGCGCGGAGCGAUCGUCUGCUUCUACCACGGCCCUGUGUACGGCCCCUUAGUUGGACGCGUGAAGCUGAUGCUCACAGACCCGGGCUCCGCCCACGCACUCGUCAUGCCGGAUGGCUACAUCAUCAACGGCAAGACGUCGGGCGCGACUUCGGACGGAUCGGAUGAGAGCACGCUGCUCGCCGGCCCAUUGUGCCAGCACCCGCCAAAGGGGAGGCAGCCAAACGUGAUGUUUUAUCCUGCUGUGUGCGACGUGGCGGCGAUGCCGGCCGCGGCGGCUGCCUCGAUCGACAAGGUGGCCUGGUAUGACACGGCGCCGCUCACGUUUGACGCGCGGCAGGAGACGCGCACCAUGGUGCUGGUGGCGCUUCGCGACAUCACCGACGAGGAGCUGUUCGUUGACUACAGGUACAUGCCUGGAGACAACCUCCCGAAGUGGUACUCGCCGGUGGCGAGGGAGGGAGAGGUCCCGCAGGAGAAGUGGGACCCGCCCCGACCCAACUUUGACUGGUUCAUACACGCAUGAGAGGUCGCGUGUUGGCCGGCGGGCGAGGGCUAGUUAUUUAACGGCUUAGUUAUUUAAAUGCAUACGUCGUGCGUGUGA